AUGAAACGCUCCCGCAUCGCAGGCCAGCUCGCCCCAAAACGCAGGCGUCGGGUGGUCAUGUAUGAGCGCGCGUCGGGACGGUUCCAGUGUGCCGAACUUGGUCGUAUUGCCUCUCACCUGCAAGUACUCGUCAUCACCACAUCCCUCGUCCGCCUGCCGUCCGUCUAUGCAGAAAGCCUCAACUCAGAGGCAGCCGGCGACGGCGAUGGGCGCACAUUUAUGUCACAAGUCUCUCGGAUGCUCCUGAAAGCGGAGAUUAACUUGGAUCCUGGUGCUGCUGGCACAAAGCUUGUGAACCUUGCAGACUAG